AUGCCACCUAUUUCCCCAGCCCCACGCUUCAUCCUAUACGGAUUGAUAGCAAUGGCUUUCUACUCUUCCUAUCGAUACUAUUAUUCCACCAGCGCCAUCCCGAACCUUGCUCUCUCUCCAAUGCAGAAGGGUCACACAUAUGGAUCCUCCGGUCCAACCUCUCCUCUGGCGGAUGGGAGGAUGCGCAUUUCACGUCGAACAAUAGCUGUUGCUGAUUUACAUGGGGAUUUGCAACAUGCAUUGAACGUUUUGUCCAUGGCUGGAGUCGUUUCUACUACACCAAUGUCCGGCGCCUCCGAUUCAUUCUCCUCCGCCUCCGGCUUCUCAGUAGCAUGGACCGGAGGGCACGAUGUCCUACUAUCAACCGGAGACAUAGUUGAUAGGGGCGACGACACGAUCCCCCUCUACCAGCUAUUCAUCUCUCUUCGCACACAAGCAUCUCUUGCUGGUGGAGAGGUAGUGAAUUUGUUGGGGAAUCAUGAAGUCAUGAACGGGAUUGGUGAUUGGAGGUACGUUACUAAAGGAGAUAUCGAGUCGUUUGGUGGGCUGAUGGAACGAAGACAUGCUAUUUCUGAUCAGGGUUGGAUCGGACGAGAUUGGCUAGAGAACUAUAACGUCACCGCUUCUGUUUCGCUUCUACCCGAAUCACAUCCUGGCUUGCCGAAGGGAUAUAAGCCGCCAAAGAUGUCGUUUGUUCAUGGAGGCAUAACUCCCGAGUACGCUAGCAAGGGUGUAGACUACAUUAAUAAGGUCGGGAAAAGAUUUCUACUCAAAGGACUAUCAGAGCAAAACCCUUCUUCGUCACUUCCAGGAAACACGACAGAGGAGGAGCAACAUCUUUGGUCAGAGCACGGCCCCUUGUGGUACCGUGGCUAUGCAACCGACGCCGAACCCUUCGCUUGCACUACCUCACAACAAGCAAGGGAGAGAUUGGGAGUACGACAUCUCGUAAUGGGCCAUACACCACACUUUGACGGAUUCGUCACAAGAUGCGAUACCGGUAUUCUACUCAUAGAUACAGGGAUUAGUCGCGCUUAUGGUGGCGAACAGAGCGCUCUUCUCAUUGAUUUAGAUAUGGAACCGGUGGAAGGGGAGGAGAAGGAUGGGAAGAAAUUAUGGAGAGAAACAGAAACGUUGACUGCGUUGUAUAAGGCAAGGUUGCCAAAGGUUCUAGCGCGGGUUGAGAAAGAGUUGUGGCUAUGA